AUGACAAAGCCCAAUACCAGCAGCCUGUCGAGCUUCUUCUGCAUAGCUUGUGCAGCUGUUGUCAUCCUAGGCAGAACCUGCAGCUGCUUGCAGUUCACAUACCCCAACUUCAAUGCAAGCAACAGGGAUGAUUUCAGCUUCAGCCCUGGCUCAGCAAUCUCCAACAACUCCCUGCAGAUCACGCCGAACGCCGGCAACAUGACCCACCGGUCGGGGAGAGUGGUGUAUGCCAAGGAGACCCUCAAGCUGUGGAACAGCAAGCGCACGGCGCUCACCUCCUUCAGGACAGAUUUCAUGCUCAACAUCCUCCCACAGAACGGGACUGGAGAAGGCAUGGCCUUCUUCCUCACCAACAAUCCUUCGUUGCCCAGCGACAGCAGCGGGCAGUGGCUCGGCCUGACCAACAACAAGACCGACGGCGCGCCGGCGAACCGGAUCGUCGCGGUGGAGUUCGACACGCGGAGGAGCUUCGAGGCCGAGAUGGACGGCAACCACGUCGGCCUCGACCUCAACAGCGUCAGGUCCGUCGGGCAGUCCCCUCUUAGCAACCUCUCCUUGGAUCUCUCCAGCGGGUCAGACUUGAAGGUCACGCUCGCGUACGACGGCGCGGUGUUGAGCACCGACGUGCUGCAGAUGGGGAGGAUCUUCUCCAACGACCUGUACAUCGACCUGUCGCGGUAUCUGCUGGACAACAUCUCCGUGGGUUUCGCGGCUUCCACCGGCGAGUUCGCGGAGCUGAACCAGGUCAAGUCUUGGAAUUUUACCACGUACGACAACGCGACGGCCGGAGAUGACGGGGGGUAUGUGAGGAGGCGCCAGAAGCUGUUUCUCGCCGUGUUGAUCCCGCUCACCGUAGGCGUGAUGCUCAUGGCCUUGUUCGUCUGGUGGAGGCUGACGCGGCAGGCGAGGCUGGCGUACCGCAACCUCGAGAAGAUGAUCGAUGCCCAUGGCCCCGUCAGGUUUAAGCUCAGGGAUCUCAGGAACGCGACCAGGGACUUCGGCGAUGGCCGUAAGCACGGCCGAGGCGGCUCCGGCACCGUUUACCUCGGGUAUCUGAGGAGGAUGGGCAUGGAAGUGGCCGUGAAGCGGGUGUCUACGAACGUCAACUCCAACCGCGGCGAUAAGGAGUUCGUGGCGGAGGUGAACACUAUCAGCAAGCUCUCGCACCGGAACCUCGUGAAGCUGAUCGGCUGGUGCCACAAGAAGGGCGAGCUGCUUCUCGUCUACGAGUACUUUCCCAUGGGCAGCCUCGACAAGCUCCUUUACGCCAGAGAAAGAACAGCGUCGUCGUCGUCCAUGUCGUCAUCGACGGACACCCCGGAGCUCACAUGGGAGCGGCGGUACAAGAUCAUCCACGGCGUGGCGUCUGCGCUGGAUUACCUUCACCACGGGAGCAGCAAGCGGAUCCUGCACAGGGAUGUCAAGGCCAGCAACGUGAUGCUGGACACCGAGUACAACGCGCGGCUGGGGCAUUUUGGCCUCGCCCGUGUCAUCCAGCACGACGGCGUCACGCACCACUCCACGCAGGUCGUUGCCGGAACCCGCGGCUACAUGGCAUACGAGAGCUUCUUCACCGGCCGCGCCAGCCUUGACACGGACGUGUACGCGUUCUGGGUCUUCGUCAUGGAGGUUGUCAGCGGGCGGAUCCCCAGUGUUAAACUGUAUAUAUACGUAGCCUCUAUAUAUCUGUUGUGGUUACGAUGUCUUCCGCUGCACCCGCCGCCUCGGUGCACCGGCCCCCGCCGCCGCCGCCACCGUCGCUGCACCGCCCCCUGCGCCGGCCCCUGCCGUCGCUCCCUCGUCGCCGUUUCUGGCCUCCCAGCCCCUGGCCACGGCCUCGGCCUGGUGGACCACCCAGCCGCCCGCGGGCUCCCAGAUCGGAUCGGGAGCCGCCCACGGCGACCUGCCUCCGCCGCCGUCCUCUGGCGGCCCGUCGCCCUCGACCACUACGGGUGCCCUACCGGCGCCGCCGUCCUUCCAGGGUCAGCCUCCGGCGUACGGCACCGCCUCUACCCCAACCUAUGGCGCUGCCUCCGUUUCGCCGUAUGCCGCCCUGCACCCGUACGGUGUUUCGGGUCCGGCCUAUGCCCCUCGUGGUGUGGCGCCCCUGCUUCCACUCCGGGUGCUCCGCCACCAUCGCCGCCCGCCUGGCCGCAGUCUCCCUACGGCGCGCUGCCGCCGCAGCCCUAUGUGGCACCGACGCGUCCUCAACCCUACGCGGCGCCGCCCCCUUCGCUGCCCUACGGGGCCGCGCCUCCUCCGUCACCAGGGGACCCGUAUGUUGGUGCUAUCCCCGGCUAUGGCGCACCCUUGGCGAUUGCGCCGUCUCACGAGACGGAUCCAUCUAUGGGUCUCUACGCGCCACCGACACAGGAUCGUGCUCCACCGCCUUCGUUGUUUUACUUCUCACAUCUCCUUCCGGUGAAGCUCACGCCGGACAAUUACCUGUCGUGGCGGGCUCAGGUGCUUCCUCUCCUCCGCAGCCGCUACCUGGAGGACUACGUCGACGGCUUCAUCCCGUGCCCGCCGCCGUAUCAUCCGGCUCAUCAUGUGUGGGUGGCCCAGGAUCAGGCAAUCCUCUCCGCCAUACAGUCGUCGCUGACCCCGAGCGUGUUGUCGCUGGUCAUCUUCGCCGCAGCGUCUAAGGAUGCUUGGUCGGCACUUCACAGCAGCUUCGCCUCUCAGUCUCAGGCGCGUGCUCAUUCUAUACGCACCGAGUUGGGGGAGACCAAGCUUGAUGGCCUCAGCAUCACGGACUACUUCAACAAAAUGGCUGGUCUCGCGGACACGUUAGCCUCGAUUGGUCAGCCACUUAGGGAUGAAUACUUCACCACCCAUGUACUCAACGGCCUGGAUGAUGACUAUGAUAACCUCAUUGAGAAUGUGCAUGGUCGCGAGGCCCCACUGCCACCCCGCGAGCUCUACGCGCGCCUCCUUGGCCGCGAACAGCGCAUCAAGGCGCGCCGAGCCUCUCCAGGGUUUGUCUCCGCCAACGCCGAGACUCGCGGCAAGUCGCAGAAGCCGGCGCCGCUUGGUGGGAAAGCGGCGGCCUCGCCUCAGUCCGCUCCGCAGGGUUCGGCGUCCUCCAUCACUGGUGGCAGCCGGCCCGUUGCUUGCUGUCCCUGCUGCGGCGCUCAGCAGGCCUGCCAGCUGUGUGGCAUUGAGCGUCACAUUGCGUCCCGCUGUCAUCGUCGCUUCAAGCAAGAUUUUCUGGGCCUAGGCAACAAUGGCAAAGGGAAUGAUAAGCAAGCUGCCGCCGCGGUGACGAGCCAUGAGCAUGGCCGCACUCCAUCCUACUCCAUUGAUCCUACGUGGUAUAUGGACACCGGAGCUACCAAUCACCUCACCGGAGAUAUGGGCAAGCUCUCUACUCAGGAGCCCACUAGGGUGGGCCCCGGCUGUCAUGGGCACAUAGGCCAAACCGGGCGUGAGCGCGAUUGCGGGCGCCCAAUGGGGCGAGCCCAGGCGACGGGCGCUAGUCGCCUGAUAGGGUGUUGCAGGGAGAGGCAACCGGGGCAGCAGCGAGGCGCGCCGCAGCUACCGACGGGUGGAGGCGGGCAGCAGCAGCAUCAGCAGCAGGCUGCAGGGCCGCGCGGUGCACGAGCGCUGGCUGCAGUGGUGCAACAACAGGCAACAGCAGCACAAGGAGCCAAAGGCGGAAACUACGGCGGAGCUAGCGGCAACCAGUGCUACAGAGCAUAG